AUGUCGCUGCAACUGUAUCCCGCACCGCCGUUCCUCUCGAAUACUCCCUUUUGCGGCCAACAAAGCACAUACGCGCCCUUGGACAUUGCCUCGCCCGUCCAGGCAGAGCAGGUUCCCGCCUCGCUGACGUCUAGCAUGAACUCCAGGUCACAAGGUCUCAACUUGGACGGCGCGACCUUGGGCCCUACCACGAUCAUCAACAACAACAACAACAACCCCAGUCCCAGCCCGUCGCCCGGGGUCCAGUCGGCCUCGGUCAUCAUGUCCGCCUCUCCGUACUCGAAUCCUCCCACGACAACAUCGUCAAAGCAGACAUCGGAUACGCCCCUCGAGCGCGAAUCCAAGCGGCCGCGGAUCGUCAGAAGUCACUCUGGCGCCAUCUCCGGCGCGUCGCCCGACAUGUCCGACCAAACGGAGCAUCACAGCAUCGAUGGUGCGCACGAGCACCUUGUAAAUUACCCACAGACGGCCAGCAUGGUCAGCCAGUCAAGCUCCUCCAUGGGCGUGGUUGCAUCCUCUACGAUGCCCAACGACACAUAUCCGGUAGUGGGAACGGCAUACUGGACCGGCAACUCUCUCGGCGCAGACGUCAUGGACAAGUCUGUCUCGGAAGACGGCAGCACAAACACCGGCAUGGGAGGGCCGAUGCCCGGCGGCGGUGCCCAGCCCCAAAUAUACGGAAGCGGCGUGCCCUCCUGGGGCGGCCAGGACAUCUCGAUGCCGAUGAACCCGAUGCAGCAGUACGUCCCGCGGCAGCUGGCCAACGGCUCCUGGGACCCCGAGCUCCCUCACCACCCUCAUCAUCAACACCCGUCGCAGCAGCACCCUCAUCACCAGCACAUGCUACCCGACGGCAGCCUCGCGUCGCCCUACGAGUCAUCAUCGGCAGCCACGAGCAACGCAAACCCGCACAUCUACGGCGACUCGUCCUUCGUCAACGGCCCCGGGGGGCAGCAGCAGCAGCACCGCAUCGUGCCGCCCAACGCGUACGAACCUUCCGGCGGCCUCUCCACGCCGACCACGCCUCACCACGCACCCGCCUGGCCGCAAACCACCUUCCACGGCAUGCCGGGCAGCUCCAGCACCGGCAACCGUCUGGUGCCCACCGGCAUGCCGCAGCAAGACCUCAAGCCCAAGAUCCUCACCUCCUCCGGGCCGCCAAGCUUACUCCCCCGAAAGAGCCCCUCGCAGCGCGCCGCCACGCCCCCGAAGCCCAAGGCGACCAACAGCGGGAGCGGCAGCGGCAGCGGGAGCGGCGGCGGCGGCGGCGGGAGCACGGCGGCGGUCUCGGCGAGGGGCACGGUGCUGAGCAAGGCGACCGAGUACAUCCAGCAGCUGGAGCAGGCGAACCGCAUCAUGAUGAGCGAGCACCAGCAGCUGGUGGACCGGCUGCGCACGCUCGAGGCCAUGCUGCACAGCGCCGGCGCGCGGCCGCCACCGCCGCCGCCGCCGCAGCCCUACUCGUCGGCAGGGUCGUCGUCGAAUCACAUGCACAUGUUUGACCCCCGCGGCUUCAGCUGA